AUGGCGCCGAUAUGGCUGUCCUGGCUGGCAUCUUCCCCCACAGCACAGGUACUCGUCCGGGAAGCUGGCGAUCCGACUGCGGCCCCGGCAUCCGUGGCGGCGUAUCUGGCCGCGCAGUGGCGGAACCCCAGCGACAUCUUGUCUGUUCUGCUGCUGGUUGGACCGGAUGUCGUCAAGAAUGCCAUCGCACAGCUCGCCGGGCGCGCCAUUACGCCGGUUGCCUUUUCUUUUGGCUGGGUGGCCUACGCUCCGGCUGCCCUACUCUCCAGCUUCGGAGAUGGACGUCUGAUGCCAGAAUCUGGAUCGACACUCCUGGUAAUUGACCCCAACAGCGGCCACAGCCGGCAGACCAAGAAUUGGAUACUAGACCGCUUGUGGCGUGACUUCAAUGACCGCCUCGACGAUACGAUGAGAGAUGAGCUGCCACACAUUCCGCCUGGAGAUGGCGACAAUGAGCAGCAGGAACCGGCAAGGAGAGGAAACGGAGAUGGACAAGGACAGAAACGACCCUUCGAAGGCCUUCGUGUUACUGUGUUCGAGUUCGAGGAUAAGCCCCCCAACGAACACGGCGUUCCUGCACUAGACUUGGUAUGGUUCAUGGGCAUCUUGGUCAUUGCCGUUCAGCUAGGCAUUGCCGCUAUUCCAUGGGGCGUCAACGGCCAGUGGGACACAUUUCUCGUCACCGCUGCGGGCAACCUGUUCGCUGGAAUGAGCGGCUCUCUCCCGCAGUGGCGGAGGGAGAAAUGGGCCUGUCCCAAGAAGGGUGGCCAGACAGUCGCCAUUACCGAAGGCAACGGCUCGCGGAGUGUAAUCGUCAUUCUGGGCAAGCGAGGCGUCGGGCUCGACCUGGAAAUCCUGGCCCGAGGCACCCGUACUGUGCCGGCUUCGCCAUUCACAAGGAUCACGAACACCAUCCUGGCCGUCUUCUGGAUUUUGCUCUUGAUUACUGUGGCAGCCAUGAAGCAGAGUACGUGGUACCUGCUGGGAAUUGGUCUUCUUGGUAGCAUCCAGAACGUUAUCGCCGCUAGCAUCCCACGCUCGCCGGCAGCCCUCGGUAUUCACAUCAAAGAGCAUGAGACGAUUCACCACCGGCGCGUGUCCGAAGUACUAAGACGGGUCGAGGAAAAAUACCCCCUUCUUGGCACCGCGCUACUGGAUGUCUUCUUUCCUGGAUCAUUACGUAUACGUAAAGAAGACAUAGAGAGCAUCGCGUUCUGGAGGGCUGCACUAGAGGCGAGGUACAAGGAAAAUAAGCAUGGCGUUAGGCUAGAUCGUUUACCAGCCGUAGUACCGCCAAAAAGUCAUUUCGAUUUGGUAAAGCGAAGCACGUUAUAG